GAUGUCAUGCAGAGCUGAUGUGGUUAGAGAUACAGAAGGGGAAGUAAGUGUUCAUUUUAGUUACUGAUGCAACAGGUUGUUCAAUCGGAAGAGAACGACAGUAACGUUUGUCACACAGAAUUUGGUCUUUUAAAAGAAACGCUUGUUAAAGUUCAUCAUGUGGGACGUUCUGCUGCUCUUUUCCAGCAUCUGUACAGCUGUUGUUGUAGGAGCUCCAGAUACAGUUACAGGACACAGAGGAGAGAGAGUUGAGAUCAGAUGCUCAUAUGAAUCUGGAUAUGAAUCAAAUUCAAAGUAUUUUUGUAAAGGCGAGUGUACGAUUGGAAAUAAAAUCAUCAUGGUUGAAUCAGGAUCUGCAGCUAAAGACGAGAGAUUCUCUCUGACUGACAACACGACGAACAGAGUUUUCACCAUCACCAUCACUGAUCUGAGAACAGAGGAUGAAGGACAAUACUGGUGUGCUGUGAAGAGGACUUUAAAUACUGAUGUCUAUUCAGAGAUUGUGUUGCUUGUUAAAGAGGAUAAAAACACCACUGAAGUUUCAACCAUCAGCUCUUUUUCAAAAACACAGUUGUAUUUCAGCACAACAGAACUGAAUCCACAAUCAGUGUCUCAUCAAACUGAAAGUGAAACAACAAGAACAACAACAGGAAAUACUACAGUUGAACUCGAUCAGCCAACCACUAUGAUGCGUUCAGACCUGGUUUCUGUUGCUGGCGGUCUGGGUUCGGUUCUGCUGGUUCUGACUCUGUGUUCUGGAACAUUCCUCAUCCUGAAAAAGAGGAAAAGGAAAUGUGGGACAGCUUUAUUUCAGCAAAAUGUGCAGCACAAUACAGAGACUGACCGCAUGUAUGAAGAGAUUCCAAACAGUGACGUCGCCACGGUAACAUCUUCAUCCAAUCAGACGCCUGAAUCACACCACCCAGAAGUCUCUGCUGUUUACGCCAGAGUAAUCAAACAGCAGCCUGAUUCAAACCCCGGUCACACCCACUCGACCAAUCAGGUUCACCGUAGUCAACCGGAUCCGGGCCGUAUCCAGGUGAGACCAAGGACCUGCACCUUGACACGACCACAACGCAGCCCUGAAGUAUCAGCAGAGAUUGAGUCAACUAGAUCAUCCCCUGUGAAGGCCUCAUCGACACGACAGCCACGACACAGUUCCUCAACAACCGUCCAUACCGGCGUGAUGAAUACGAUCCUCAAUUGGAUGGAACUGAAAUAAAUACUUUUAAUGUUGCGAUCCUAUUGGACUUAUGAUAGCAACCUGAAUUGUAACAAAGCACUGUUGGCCAGAGGAGAACUGGCACCCCGACUAAGCCUGGUUUCUCCCAAGGUUUUUUUUCUCCAUUUUAACACCAAUUUGCCACUUGUCUGCCACCUGAUGUCACCUGAUGGAGUUUGGGUUCCUUGCCGCUGUCGCCUCUGGCUUGCUUAGUUGGGGACACUUGACUUGACAUUUGAUAUUCAACAGUGCUUUUGAUCUGCCUGCAUUGACACUAUUCUUUAAGAGCUGCUGUGCAGCCAAACAAUGUACCAGUUAUCAAUGUAAAGCUGCUUUGACACAAUCUACAUUGUAAAAAGCGCUAUAUAAAUAAAGGUGACUUGACUUGA